UGGUCUAUUAGUUCGCACUCGACGCAGUCUCAAACUUUUAUGAUACGAAAAAAUGGGAAACAAUAACUCAUUGUCGGUAUUAACGGAAGACCUCCUUGAAGAGUAUACCAUUCUGACGUAUCUCAGCAAAGGUGAAAUUUUACAUUUGUAUAAAGUGUUUAGUCGACUGGCCCCUAAUGGAAUUUUGGGAGACCUGAAUUGGAGAUUCCCUUGCGAGAAUCUGGAGGAAAUUUUUACACAAUUAAAAUAUAAUCCAUUUAAAGACAGAAUAUUCAGGGUAUUUUCGUCACAGAAAGACGGUCUUAUGUCUUUUGAAGAUGUAUUAGACUUGUGCUCGGUGAUGUCCGAGAGAUGCCCCGAUAAAGUGAAAGCUGCCUGGGCGUUUCAAAUAUUUGAUUUCGAUGAAGAUGAAGCCGUGGGUACUGAAGAUUUGAUGAACGUAAUUAAAAGACUGACCAGCAGUGCCGGUUUCAUUUCAGAAACUGAUCAAAAGCACAUAAUUAAAAUCCUAAUGAACGAAAUGGAUCUGGAAUUAUCAGGACGGGUCGGAAUUCAGGAAUUUGUGCACGCGGUGGGAAAGAUGUCCGAGUUUCCGCAUUCCUUCUGUUUUAAGUUUUAAUGGGCAAAAAUUAACUCCAAUACAUUAAA